AUGAGAUUUACUACUGAAGCUAAUUUCUAUGGGUUUAUUUCUGCCUCUCUUUAUGUAGUAAUCCUAACCACAAUUGGGUUCUUUUUAACUAAAAUUGAGUGGAGCACUUAUAUUAGGCUAAAAUAUAAUGAAACUUUGCUAGUUAUGCAUGGCAAAGAAGUUGAAAUGAUUAGGCAGCAGCCUGUCAAUGCUACAGGGCAGCAAUUUUAUAUGGUCUCAUCCUAA